GAUCAUAAUACCUUCAAACAAAAGUAAGCCUGCAACAGCAAAAGUUUCAUAUUCUAAAUUCAAAGAAUUGGGCAUCGUACCUGGCAAAUGGGUAGAGAUCUUUACAUCGGCCUCAGAAUCAUAUUACUGUACAUUAUGGCCAGCAAAUAUUCCUCAAGACCAAGUUUUAGUAAACACUUUCAUAUCUUCUAAAUCUCUUCAUGACCAACAAGUACCUAGCAUUGUACCCAUUGAGAAGCAUUCAACUGCGAUUCGAGUGAUAUUAAGCUAUACCUUGAACAAAGAGAUAACUGAAGAGUACCAGUUAUCGAAUUUUGGAUUCGUAUUUGACAGAGCUACCGAACAGCAAAAAAAUAUGUACAUUAGAAAUUUAGUGAACGGUGUCGUUGUAAAAAAAAACGUCGUGAUAUCCAAGUCGCCUAUGAUCCAUAUUAAAGUGGUAUCCACUUAUCCCGAUAGUAAUGUCCUUAUUGCACCUGGCAGUCAGAUAACAUUGGUUGACAGCAAAAGCGACCCAUCUCAACAGAUAUCCGACCUUGAGAAGUCAUUAGAGACCAUGUCCAUUGCUGGGCAAGAUAUCGGUCAAAUUGGCACACAGACUUCCAGUUUACAAAAAGCCUAUGAAGCCCUUUUUGAAGUGGUUUGUUUCCCAUUUUUAUAUAAGGAGUGGAUUGAGAAAUUAAACAUUGAGUGUCCCAAAGGUGUACUCUUAUACGGCCCACCCGGUGUUGGCAAGACUUUUUUAGUGUCCUCUAUCGCAAAACGUUGUAACGCCAAAAUGUUUGUCAUUCAAGGUCCUGAAGUCUUUGGUCCUUAUAUUGGUGAAAGCGAGGAAAAAUUACGAGCGAAAUUUACCCAAGCAAGAAAUUAUGCAGUAAAAGAAAAUGUCCCCGUUAUUUUAUUCAUUGACGAAAUAGAUGCUUUAACACCUAGACGUGAUAAUUCACAAUCGCAUGAAAAUCGUAUGGUGGCUCAGUUACUUACAUUGAUGGAUGGUGUGGAAUCAAGAGGAAGGCUAAUUAUCGUAGGAGCUACCAAUCGUCCCAACUCCAUUGAUCCUGCGCUACGUCGUCCCGGAAGAUUUGAUCGUGAAAUAUCUAUGGAGCCACCAAACUCAGAAGAUAGAUAUGCUUUAUUCCAAGCACAAAUCAGUAAAAUGCCUUUAGACGAAUCAGUCGAUAUCGAAAUGCUGUCUACUAUGACAAAUGGGUAUGUUGCUGCAGAUAUCAAUUCAAUGUGUCGAGAAGCAGCAAUGACCGCAGUCCAAAGAGCAAGCAAAAUUCAAGACACAAAUGUGUUUGUAAAUAUGUCCGAUUUUAAGUCUGCCUUUGCCACUGUCGGACCAUCCAUGCAAAGAGGUUUCCAAGUACAAGUUGAAAAGAUGAAUUGGGAUGAUGUGGGUGGACUUGAAGACGUCAAAAAGAGAUUGAAACAAGCUGUUGAAUGGCCAUUACUAUACAAGGAUUCCUUUAAAAAAUUGGGUUUAAAACCUCCUCGAGGUAUUUUACUUUAUGGUCCUCCAGGUUGCAGUAAAACUACUUUGGUCAAGGUGAUUGCAUCCUCAGCUAAUGUGGCUUUCUUGUCCAUUAAUGGCGCACAAUUAUACUCACCCUUUGUGGGUGAUUCAGAAAAAGUCGUCCGUACGACCUUUCAGAAAGCCCGUGCGUCUGCACCAGCAAUUAUAUUCCUAGAUGAGACUGAAGCAAUUGUAGGUAAAAGAAAUAUGGGAAAUGGUGGAUCUGGUGGCGAUAGUGUACAAGAACGUGUCUUAUCAACUCUAUUGAACGAGAUGGACGGUGUAGAAAGCGCAGAGUCUGUUCUAGUUGUGGGCGCUACAAACAGACCCGAUAUGUUGGAUGCUGCGUUAAUGAGACCGGGUAGAUUUGACCAAGCUGUAUAUGUACCACCUCCAGAUGAACAUUCUCGUUUUGAAAUCAUGAAGAUCCAUACGAAACGCAUGCCUCUAUCAUCUGAUGUUGAUUUACUGGAUAUCGCACGACGUACAAAUUACUAUACCGGUGCAGAUUUACAGAAUAUCUGUCGUGAAGCCGCUAUGGAGGCUUUGAGAGGUGCUAAGUUAGCAUCAGAUGUGACGAUGGCAAAUUUUAACAAGUCGCUGGCGACUAUUCCUGCGUCGCUGAAUGCGGAAUCCGUCAAAGAGUAUAGCAAGAAACCUCAUUCUGCAGAUUAAAAUGUGAUCUAUGUAUGUGCCUAAUCUUUUUUGAAUGAAUGGGCAAUUUCCAAUAAUUAAAGCCAUUUUC